UUGACAGCAGAUUAUUCCAAAGUUUUGUUUACAGUGAUUUUGUUUAUUAAACUUUUUUUCGGUAAAAAUGCCUUUUGCAAUAAAAAGUUUGCAAAAAUCCCAUUUGUUACCACUGGCCAAAUGUGAAACGUCCGAUGUGAUUACAUUGUGUAAAAUAGCAUUUGAUUAUUUGGCCCAUGGUCCGGAACAUCAGCAGGAAAUAUACCAAGCUAUAGCAAUGAAAUAUGAUAAACAAUUUCAAUCGGAGGAAGUGCAACUAGCUGUGGAAGCUCUCAUUUCACUGCUGAUAGAAGCGACAAAGGCUAAAGCUGAUGAAAAUGAAGUAAAAAAGCCUUUAGCUUUGGCAGGCUUUAAAGAGGAUACGGUUGACAUUUUAACACAAUUUGUGACUAGUAAAAGAAAUUUUAUAGAAGGCUCUAUAAAAACAGCCAACAUUCGAGCAUAUCGUCUUGUCAAUAUUGAAUGGCGUCUGGAAGUUAGAUUGGCCUCACGAGCUGUGAUGAAGCAAUCACAAGUAUUUGUUACCAUGAAAUUAUAUUUGCAUACCGAACCAAAGAAUGAAAAUCGUGAUUUAUUAGAGGAUGUAGAUGAUGCGUAUACGACCAUACAUGACGAUGAAAAAAGAAAUCGUAAAGAUUUACUAGUGCAGACCGAUUUGAAUACUUUAACCUACAUGAUACAUUCCUUGGAAGAGGCUUUAAUGGAAUCGCGUUCACGACGUAUACGCAACAUUGUAGAGGCCAUACAUUAGCUUGUAAUAAUUUAAUCCAAAUUGCGGUUCUAAUAAAAUAUAUCAAUUUAAAUACAUACAUUUUAACUAUUUCUUCUGUAAAGCAAAAUAUGUAUUAUUUUAUUUGUUAUCAACUAAUCUAUAUAAAAUCUUGUACAUAGUACCAUAAUUUAAAAAAAUAAA